UCCAAUGUCUCUCGUAGACCGUUUCCACAGCGUCUGGGAAUACGAGCUCCGGACUUAAAAUAUAUAUUGUUUAAAUACUGAUAAGCUCGUAGAAUAUGGCAGAUCGGUCAAACAACGAUAGAGGUAACAACAAUCAUGACCGUGACUAUCGUGGUAAUUCCCAAGAAUAUCGUAACUUUCACAAUCGCAACCGUGACUUUCGGGAUCGCAACAGGGAAGUGCCAACCGAUCCGCCAUACAUUGCCUUUGUUGGCAACCUGCCCAAGGGUCUCGUCCAGGGCGAUGUUAUGAAGAUUUUCGAUGAUUUCGAAGUAAAGAGCGUACGCCUGAUCAAAGAUCGGGAGACUGACGAGUUCAAGGGCUACGGCUACGUGGAAUUUACGACAUUGGAACAGCUAAAGCGUGCGUUAUCCCGCAAUGGACGCAUUAAACUGGACAAUUUGUCAGCACCGCUGCGCAUCGAUAUUGCCGAUCAUCGGCGUCAGGGCGGCCCUGGUGGCGCCAUCGGAGGAGCUGCGUCCAGCAGUGGCGGCAAUCACAACCAACGCCGCAACUUUCGACGCGACAAUAGUGUUGGCUCCCAAAGCUACCAGGGCCAAUAUUCGCGCAAGCAGAACAGUCCAGGUCGUCCGGUAGGCAAUCGUUCGUCCAACACAAACUUUCACAUGAGCAGACAGGACGGCAGCCCGCGGCAAGGCGGCUAUCGCGGCGGGCGUGGCGGUGGCGAGCGAAGAGGUGGUGGCGGAAGGGGAUAUAAUGAUCGCAACAACAACAACUACAGGCGUGGCGGACCCCCGCGCCAGCGAAGCAUCAGCAAUGACAAUGGCCACUACUCGAACUUUGGCCAGAACCGGACACGAGACCGUCGCGGUCACUACAACCCAAAUGAAAGGUAUAACCAAUCCCUGAGCGGUGGCACCAGUCCACCAUUUGCCAAUCUCGACGACGAUGAUCGUCCAAAGAUUGUCCUACAGCCACGCACCGUAACCGAACCGAUCAAUGCGCUGGCCGAGACCAAGCAGGCGGCCAGCAUUUUUGGCAAUGCCAAGCCCCGCAAGAGUCAGCCCUCUCCGCCGAAUACGCCGCAUGGCGAACCGGAGCAGUUGAAUGAUUCGCAGCCUGGUGGCAGCCACCAAGCUGAGGAUCCAGACCCCCCAAUAUAA